AUGCCACCCCAUAUUCGAGAGGCUUACCAUUCGACGUCAGCAGUCAUGUCGUCGUCCCCAUUGCUCGAGCCGAAACGCUUCUUCCGCGAUACCUCCCCGGCAGACGCGGCGGAGCGCACUCAGUCCCGGUUCACUUAUCGGCAACUUUCACAGCUCGCCGCCUAUUCGACAUCAUGUCCCCUUCGUGUGAUUUCACACAUCGAUCUGGAUGCGUUUUACGCCCAAUGCGAAAUGGUGCGUCUGGGUGUUACCGAGGACAAGCCUCUUGCUGUGCAGCAGUGGCAAGGGCUGAUUGCCGUCAACUAUCCUGCUAGAAAGUUUGGCAUAUCACGACAUUGUACUAUUGAUGAUGCACUUAAGCUAUGUCCUGAAUUACAAGUUCAACACGUCGCAACCUGGAGAGAGGGCGAUGAUACUUGGGCGUAUCGUGACGAUGCAGCCGCAAAUAUUGCCACAGACAAGGUCUCUUUGGACCCAUAUAGACUGCAGUCACGAAAGAUUUUGGCGCUGAUAAAAGAGUGCCUUCCGCCUCACCAGUGCAAAGUGGAAAAGGCAAGCAUCGAUGAAGUGUUUGUUGAUCUCUCGGCCAACGUACACUCGAAGCUUAUUGAAAGAUUUCCCGAGCUAGCUUCUCCGCCUCCAGGAGCUGACGCACAUGCACGUCUGCCUCUGCCACCAGUCAGUGCCCUGGACUGGCAGGCAGAUGCACUGAUCGAGCUCGACGAGGACGAGACUGAGACUGAUGAUCCGGACUGGGACGACGUUGCCCUGCUCAUUGCCUCAGAAAUUACGCGCGACAUCAGGCAGACGAUAUUCAACAGGCUAAAAUACACUUGUUCCGCAGGCGUCGCGGCCAACAAGCUGCUCAGCAAGCUUGGAUCUGCCCAUAAGAAGCCCAAUCAGCAGACAGUGAUUCGUGCCCGAGCGGUACGCAAGUUCCUCUCGGACAUCAAGUUCACCAAGAUUCGCAACCUCGGCGGUAAGCUGGGUGACCAGGUCGUUGCAGCAUUUGGCACCGAGUCUGUGUCUGAGUUGCUCGGGGUGCCCUUGGAUCAACUGAAGCAGCGACUGGGUGACGACUCAACAGCGCUAUGGGUAUACAACACGAUCCGCGGGAUCGAUAACAGCGAGGUCAACUCGAGAACACAAAUAAAAUCCAUGCUUUCGGCCAAGUCUUUCAGGCCCAGCAUCCACUCGAUAGACCAGGCAAACAAAUGGCUCCGUAUUUUCUCGGCAGACAUAUUUUCUCGCCUAGUCGAGGAAGGCGUCCUCGAGAACAAAAGACGCCCAAAGACUAUGAACCUACAUCAUCGACACAAAGGCCAAUCCAAGGCACGAUCGUGUCCGAUACCCCAAGGGGUGAGAGUGCUCGACGACGGGGUGCUGUAUGAGCUUGCCCAGAACCUCCUGAGGCAGAUUGUGAUGGAGGGCAAGGUCUGGCCCUGUGACAAUCUUAGCCUGAACGUCAGUGGGUUUGAAGAUGGCAUAACUGGAAACAUGGGCAUUGGAGGGUUUCUGGUCAAGGGUGAGGAAGCACAGGGUCUUCGGUCCGUCAGCAGCCGGGAUAGUCCAGCUGGGCAUCAACAAACGCAGCAUCAGCAGCAUCACGACAGUAAACGACGCAAGACAAACGGUAGUGGGUUGCAUCGCUUCUUUGGCAAGGCAAGUCAGCAGCGCAAGUCCUCGUCGGGGCCGGGCGAGGAUGACGAGUACACGGCGAAAGCGGAAGGUAACAAGCGCCGGCCCCAAGAGGAGUUGCAUCCGACAGAUGCACAGGCUGAAGGCUCGAUGCAAGACUGUAUCGGAUCUCCUUGUCCGCGUUGCAACGACGUCUUCUUUGAUACGCCAGAGGAGCUGCAGGACCACCUCGACUGGCACCUCGCCAAAGACCUCCAAGACGAAGAGGAACGUGGAGCGUCUGCAUUCGCUGCGCGGAGGCAGCCCACUUCGGCGGCACCGCCUGCGAAACCGCGGGGAAGGGGACGACCGCCCAAGGGGGCGGCGAAGCCAAAGACUGACCCUGGGCAAAGGCGGUUGAGGUUCGACUGA